GCCUGGGGGCGCCUGCGCAGUGGGCGCGCUGCGCCGGGGCCGCGGGCGGGAGGGAGGCGCAGUGCCGGGCCCCGCCAUGGUUCGCUUCCUGCAUGUCCAGAGCCGGCAGCGCGCGCCGCCGCCCAUCUGCAGCGACUGCCCCGCCGUCCAGGCUGAAGCAUCUCCAUACUCUUUACUUGACAUCUGUCUGAGCGCUUUGACUGCCGACUUGGAGAAGUUUUGUACAGAAAGACGAGAUGGGACGCUGUGCUUGAAAGAGUCUGAAAGGCUCCCUCAAGAAGUAGCUGAUCGAUUAUUGCAGACCAUGGCAUUUCAUGAGCUGUUGAAUGACGGAACUGUCGGGAUUUUCCGAGGGAACCAAAUGCGCUUGAAACAAGCCUGCAUCAGGAAAGCAAAAAUUUCUGCAUUGUCUUUCCGGAAAGCGUUCUGCCAUCACAAGCUAGUGGAACUUGAUGCUGCAGGGAUGAAUGCGGAUGUUACUAUUGCAGAUAUUGUAAGCGGACUUGGGAGUAAUAAGUGGAUCCGGCAAAACCUUCAGUGCCUUGUUUUGGACUCAUUGACGCUUUCUCUGACAAAUCCCUGUAAAGGGUGCUUCAAACAGUUGUCUGGUCUUCGUGUUUUGAGCAUUACCAAUGUUCUUUUCCACAACGAGGACUUGGUAGAGGUUGCUUCUCUUCCGAGGCUGGAAAGUUUGGAUAUAUCCAAUACCUCGGUCACUGACAUAACUGCGCUCCUUGCUUGCAAGGAUCGACUUAAGUCUCUUUCCAUGCACUACUUGAAGUACUUAUCGAUGUCUACGCAACAAGUCUUGGAUAUCCUACGAGAACUCAAGUACUUGAACCACUUGGACAUUUCAGAUGAUCAGCAGUUUACAUCUGAUAUACCUGUUAGUUUGCUAGAGCAAAAAGACAUCCUACCUCACCUUGAGUCAUUGGACAUUUCUGGCAGUAAAUUCAUUACUGAUGAAGCUGUAGAAGCAUUUGUCAAACAGCGACCUGCAAUGCAGUUUGUGGGACUGCUGGCAACUGAUGCUGGCUACUCUGAAUUCCUUUCAGGAGAAGGAAGUUUGAAGGUAUCGGGAGGAGCGAAUGAGAUCCAGAUUUCUGAAGCUUUGAAGCGUUACAGCGAACGAUCGUACUUUGUGAAGGAGGCAUUCUUCCGGCUCUUCACCCAAACUUGUUUUAUGAAAGUAACGAAGCCUGAAAUCUUAAAGCUUGUGAUUAUUGGAAUGAGAAAUCACCCCUUGGACUUGGCAGUGCAGCUAACUGCCAGCGCAUGCUGUCUCAACUUAACUAGACAGGGCCUCGCAGCCGGCAUGCCUGUUCGACUGCUCUCCGAUGUGAUCCAUUUACUACUCAAGGCCGUGGAAAACUUUCCUGAGCAGCAACAGCUGCAGAAGAACUGCCUUCUUUUAUUAUCGAGUGUCAGGAUCCUUCAAGAUGUUCCAUUUAACAGGUUUGAAGCUGCCAAACUUGUUAUGCAGUGGCUGUGUAACCAUGAAAAUCAAAAUAUGCAGAGAAUGGCAGUGAAUAUAAGUUCAAUUUUAGCCCUGAAGCUUUCAUCUGAGCAAACAGCCCAACUUAGUGCAGAACUUUACAUCGUUGUUGGGGAGCUUCUUGAAAUAGUUGAACAAAAAACAAAUCUGAACGAAGUGGAUACGACUUUCAUGUUUACGCUGAGUGCACUGUGGAAUCUGACUGAUGAAUCCCCUACCACGUGUCGGCAUUUCAUUGACAAUCAAGGGCUAGAACUCUUCAUGAGGGUUUUAGAGUUUUUUCCGUCUGAUUCCUCCAUACAACAUAAAGUUCUUGGCCUACUGAACAACGUAGCAGAAGUGAGAGAGCUGCAUUCUAAGCUAAUGUGGAAGGACUUCAUAGACACCAUUGGUGAAUUGUUGUGCAGCACUGAGAUAGAAGUCAGCUAUUUUUCAGCUGGAAUUAUUGCUCAUUUAAUAUCCAGAGGGGAGCAGGCCUGGACACUAAGUCCAACCCAGAGAAAAUCUCUUAUGGAACAGCUGCACUCAGCCGUUUUGAAGUGGCCGACUCCAAGAUGUAAGAUGGUGGCAUUGGUAGCCUACAGAUCCUUCAGUCCUUUUUAUCCAUUACUUGAUUGCUUCACGAUACCUGGUGUUCAGCUCUGGGCAGUAUGGGCUAUUCAACAUGUCUGCUGCAAAACACCUGCCAGGUACUGCAGCAUGCUUAUUGAAGAAGGUGGACUGCGGCAUUUACGUGACAUCAAGGAAAAUGAGCAGACUGAUCCGGAUGUCCUACAAAUCACUGCUGAGAUACUAGAUAGUGUAGAUACCCACAUAAGGUACUAUGGGAAACCUAAAUCUUUACAGAAACCAGAAGCCAAAUCAAAUGGAUAGCUGCAGGUAUAGCUUAACUAUCCUUUGCAUUUCUUCACAGCCUAAUGGGAAUGAAAAUCGUGUAUUGUGCUCUUUUAAGGGGUGUAGGAUCACUUCUUAAGAGGAUCAUUCCUGUAAGAUUACUGCUGACUGCAUUGAGGGCCUGUAAAGUGUGCACAGCCUGAGUCCCGUAGGAAUCCUCAUGUCCUAAGGGAGGAAAUGAAGCUUUGGACCAGAUUUUUAGAUGCAUUAGAUGCCUAGCACCUACAUACCUCUAAAAAUCUGUCCCAUCACCUCUUCCAUUACUGUCUGGAAACGGCUUCUAUUGCUUAGGCAAGCAGGGCUGGAAACAGAGCUUUACAUGCUUGCAAACCAGCAUUUUUGCACUUGUAUAUGUGCGCUUACUUACCACUGUGACUGAAGUGUCAGUUGCAGGGCCAUCCCCAGCCAAACCUGUAAAAUCACUUGAGUUCCCUGUAAGCCAGGCUCCUGGUCUAAUUUUUCUAAUAUUGGACCAUUAUCACAUGCCACUUGCUAGCUUUUCUCCUUCCUGUGCUGCAUCAACCAUGUUGGAAUUAGCCUUGUGUAAAAAGGAGUGAUUGGAUUGGCUCUACUGGAGUUGCAAUAGGACAAGUCAGGAGAAAUUUGUGAGAGCAAAAAUCCAAAGGUGAGUGUAGAAUUGUACCUAGAAACUCAGUGAACAACAGAACACCUGAGACUGUACCCACGUAGUACAUGGAACAUAAGUCGUCACCAUAUGUGGAAGCUACUUGUUGCUUUAGUGUUUCCAAGUUCUCCUUUAGCAGUGCGCACAUGUUCCCCAUUUGACACUAGUGGGCGUGAAAUACAUGUCCGUGGAAAUGCGUGAUACAUGUUGUGCAGUGAAUUAUAUUUCCAAAGACUUCUAGUGCAAAGUAUCACCAACAUUGUGUAAAUCCCUGUGUAAAUCUCAUUGCUAUGGAACUGUAAAUUUUAAAAGUUUAUUUUUAACAAGUGAGUUUUUUCCAAAGGCUUUUUUUAGUUUUCAUAUAAUAAGAUACAAACAGCAAAUCAAGGACUAGUACUCAGAUAUGUAUUGUUUAUGGACAUCUUCAUUCUUAGACUUGGUUGGUUAUGACAUUACUUGAAUUGUGCAGAAAGAAAUGGAUUGCAUCAACAUACCAGUGCGUCAGUUAAAGUGUAACCGUUGAUGGAAUAAAAUGGGUGCCAUGAAACCAGA